AUGGUACGACUCUAUGACGAAUCUUCGUCGCAGCAGACGCCAAUCACCGAGUCGCAGAGGCCAAACAGCAUCCCGCGAGUUUCAAUGCCGGAACAUGUUGCCUCUAAUGUUAUGCUUGCAGACUCGCGCCUGGAGACUCCAUUAUCUGGGGCUCCAUCUGCCCACUGCGACCCUGAAGUAAAUGAUGCACCUGCGGGGCUUGCUGCAGGUGGUCCUAUGCUGUCCGAUUCAUACCCGAACCAGCUACGAACGAUGAGCCCAAUCUUAACAAAACCAGCAGGCAUCUCGGACCAGCCACCAUUACCACCAACUGCACUUGGUCUUUCGUUGUUAGAACUAUACUUUACGCGCGUUUAUAACGCACCUUUACUUUUUUAUAAGUCUGUUCUUUUUCAGCAAUACCUUCACGGUGAAGUCCAUGUCGUUCUUCUCAGAGCUUUGUUUUCGUUGGCAACCCUAUAUCUUCAACCAAGUGUGUCGAACGACGAAGCUGACGCCACUUAUUGCCAUGUGGAAUUGAAAGUCCUGAGCAUGUACCACUCUUCUGGUCUCCCGUGGGCGACAGCUGCAUUCAAGGAGGCCAUGGUAUUGGCCGUGGAAAAACCAUCUCUUAUGAUAAUUCAAGCGCUGGAGUCCCUUCAACUAUAUUGGUUUGGCAUUGGCGAGCCCUACCAAGGCAGCCUAUGUCUUGCGUUGGCCUAUCGUGCCUGCCAUCUGCUUGGAUAUAACAAGAAGAUACACAAUGAGAUGAAUGACUGGGACGUGUCGCUCGAGUUGGAGCUUGGUCGUCGAUGCUUCUGGGCUUGCUGGACAUCUACAUGUAUUGUCAUGGAGCCAGAACCAUAUAUCAAAGCGUGCUGGCAGGAAGUAGCCAUGUUGCCGCUGCCGGGUAUCUUUCACAGCACUUCAUCAGGAUACAAAAUAACUAUUGGCGAGAUUAUGGACGAGGACUGGCAUUCCAGCGUUUUGACGAAUGGAACGAAAAUUGCUGAUCCCUCCGGAGCCCCAGCACUCUUGAUGAAAAUGGUGGGCGUCUGGUAA